GCGCACUGAUCGGACCGUGUCUUGCCACACGAAGAGUACACCUACAGAAGUGAUUUAUUGACAACAGACAGAAGGAGCUGCUACGUGAAGUCCUUCCAUUAUUUUCACAGGUCCUUGUCACGAACAUUGUUCUGCCACCUCAAACCAAAGAUUGAUUACCUCGCUCUUAUAUCUCCGCAACUGCCGGAGUGUAAGGGUGGGUGGGUUGCCGAGAGCAAAGUUUUAAUCAAGCAUCGAACUAGCGGCUUUUGGUGGAGAAAGAAUGAAGCUUCGACAGGGAAGUGGCGCUGUCGUUGGACGAUCGGGCAAACGAAGACGUAAAAUUCGCCGUAGCGGGCAAGCUAUGAAGAUACACAAUGCAAACCUCGAAUGGCGCAAUUGAUCGAGCGAUUGGAAAUCAUGGUGUUUAAGAAGUGCCAGGACUGGAAAAGUGAACAGAGAAGAAGCCUGCCAAGAUGACCGACGACCUAAAGGCCGACAAGGCGACGGCGACGGCCAAGCUUAGCCCUGUCUCAAGCCACCCCGGGUCAUCCGCCUACGACAAGGGCGCUCUCAACACCACAGAGGCUCAAACAUUAUCUGGACUCGACGACACCGCGAUCGUCGAAGAAGAAGCUCAUGAUGACCCCGAAAUCGCACAGUUGCCUCUUAUUGUGCGCCAGACCGUCUCGCUCGAGGAUGACCCUACUCUUCCGACCAUCACCUUCCGCUACUUCGUUCUCUGCAUUCUAUUCAUCGUACCAGGAGCCUUCUUGUCUCAGAUGAGCCAUUACCGCACAACUCAGGCACCAUACUCGGUCUUUUUUGUGCAGAUUGCUUGUCACUACGUCGGCCAUGGAUUAGCGAAAGUUCUGCCAGCCUGGCAAAUAAAUUUGCCUUUUGGCUAUGGGUUUAAUCUCAACCCUGCACCAUGGAGUAUUAAGGAGCAUGUUUUAGUGACUCUGACUGCGGCGUCUGGAGCGACCUACAACCUAGGCUAUACCCCGAUAAGCAUGGCCGAGCUAUGGUACGACACGAAGAUCAACCCUGCCGUGGCUAUCUUCUUCAUGCUGGCCAUCGUUUGGGUGGGCUACGCUAUCGCCGCUAUUGCACGCUCUUUGCUACUAUGGGAGCCUGAGUAUGUAUGGCCGCAGGCGCUCAUGCAGACGACUCUAUUCGAGACAUUCCGCAAACAGGACCGCAACAGCCCGCUAGCUAAAAGACAGAUGCACGUAUUCUUCCUUUGCCUUGUUGGCAUGACACUUUGGCAGUUCCUGCCAGAGUACGUCUUCCCAAUGACUUCAUCGCUUGCCUUCCUGUGCUGGGUGGCACCGAAGAACCCGGUUGCAAACUUCAUUGGAUCUGGUCUUGGAGGUAUGGGCUUCAUGAACCUCAGUCUCGACUGGUCCAACAUCAACUGGAACGGCACGUCGAUUUUGAUUACACCCUUCUGGACACAAACUGUUCUAUUCCUUGCAUUCGUGCUCAACUGCUGGAUCCUACUUCCAGCAGCUAAAUGGGGCAACCUGGGCUCGUAUAAACACGGUCUCAUGUCCAACUCCCUACUCCUGGCUAAUGGAACAAAAUAUCCCACGGCCAAGAUUGUCAACAGCGAUUUCAGUCUCAACGAGACCGCUUGGGAAGAGUACGGUCCAGCAUAUAUGGGUUUGCAAUUCGCUUGGGCUACGUUUUUCAACUACGCCAAACUACCGUCGGCCUUUGUCUGGAUGGCUACUUUUGGAGGUCCUGCCAUCCUGGCAACGUUUGGAAAGAAUAUGGCUGCACGAAAAGCUCGAAGCGAGGCGAAGAAGCAGCAAACCUCCACUGGCGCCGCGGAACCCAACAUCCAUCACCAGUACACUGACCGCCUGAACGUUCUCCAGCGCUCAUACAAGGAAGUGCCUGGAUGGUGGUUCGCGACUUUGUUCAUUGUUGGAGUGGUCAUCUUACUUGCAAUCGUAGGUUCCGGCCAGCUUUUUAUCCCUUGGUGGACCGUGAUCGUUGGUGUCGCAACCGGUUUUGUUGUCGUUGUGCCUCUCGGCUACCUCUACGCCAUUUCGAACUACCAAGUUGCGAUUGGUGACUUCAACGAGCUUAUCUACGGUUACAUGGUCCACACGGCUGCGGGAGCUGGUCACCACCACCCUUGUGGACCAUCAGUCUACGGUUCCAUCGCAGGUGAUGCCUGGUAUCGUGCGCAGUACAUGCUCCAGGAUCAGCGCAUCGGACAUUACAUGCAUAUCCCGCCACGUACUGUGUUCUUCAGUCAGGUCUUUGGAAGUAUCCUAGGCAUACCCAUCAACUACGGUGUGAUUCGUUGGGUCCUCAACACAAAAUUCGACAUCUUGUCUGGGGCGACAACAGAUCCUCUACACCAGUGGACAGGCCAGAGCCUUGUAAGUUCCAACACGAUUGGCGUACAGUAUGGUGUCAUCGGCCCUAAAAGGAUGUUUGGCGCCAGCGAGUUGAAGAUCCUGCCUUACGGCUUCCUCGUCGGCGCAGGAGCACCGCUUGUUAUGUACGCACUACACCGUGCAUUCCCGAACUCAAAGCUCAAAUUCCACCUCUGGAAUACGACAAUCUUCUUUUCAGGUCUUACUGUGUUCUACGGAAACAUAUCGACAGGAUACUUCAGUGCGUUCAUCGGAGGCUUUGUCGCGAUGUACUGGAUCUUCCGCCAUCACUUCAAGAUUUGGAAGCGCUACAACUACAUCGUCGCAGCGGCGUUCGACGCAGCCUUCAAUUUCAACAUGUUGUUGAUCUUUUUGUUCUUUGGAAGUGGAAAGCAAAUCAAGAUGCCAGCUUGGUGGGGCAACAAUGCAGAUAGCGCUGAGAGGUGCUUUGCGUCGGAAUGAAAGACUUAAACGCAGAUAUAGAUAUCCAAUCAAUCUUUACUUACCGUUCAAUGCAAAGGGAUCGCGCAGUUUAACUGUGACGGCGGUGACGUGUAGGCUGCAUCGAAACCGCGGGUGACUUUCCCUCUUUUACUCUAGCGCGGAUUCGAAACGGAGAUCAAUCUGUAAUUUGUGUGGU